AAUAAUAACUGAGUGCAUCGAUAGUUAUAAGCAUGCGUUUGCUUUUACAGCUAACUCCGAAACAGUUAUUCCUCCCUCAACGUCAAAUGGCCAAUAAUCUUGAGCUGGCGUACAUGAUGGCAUGUAAGCACACUGAAGUUGCGGGAAAAGUUCUACAGACAGCGCAUGGCGCUCGAACUGAACAUUUGAUGGCUCUAGGAAUGAUGCAGAAACUGAAGGUUACGUCAAAGCAUAUAAUUGACACACUCAUCCCCUAUAUUAAAUUAGGAGUAGAAAAGAAGGACCCAAAACUCGUACUUAAGACCAUAACGAUGGCGACCAAGUACAUAACAGAUAUGGAGAAGAAAUCGUCGGAAACCGUUCAGAGCUACAACGAAUUUCAGAAAAAAAUAAUAGAGAUGCAAAUGUAUCUAAAUGGUAAAGUAGAAGAUAUUGGAGAAGAAACAAGGAAACUUCAAAGAGCCAUUGCAAUGCAGAAACAAUUACUUGCAGAAGCAAUCGCCUAUAAAGAAGAAAAGGAAAAAGAGAAAAAUGAGUUAACAAAAGAAAUGGAAGAUAUGAAAAUUGAACACGAAAGAAGCAUGAAACGUGCAGAGGAAGACUACAACAAAGGGAUCUCGUGGGCGAAAAAUCCUAAUUGGAUCGAUGGAAUCAUUGGAGGCGGAGCCCUUGCCGCAACAUUCAUACUUGGCCCCGGUGCCCUUUUAGUAGGAGCAGGAUACGGGACACUAAGGGGUAUUAUUUCUCCGAUGGUCGUUAACGCCAGCAUCAAUACCAAGAAUGAACACCUUCGACAGCUGCAGGCACAAACAGCUGAACAACAAAACAAAUUGCGAUCAGAAAUAACCGAAGCCAAUAAAAGCAUACUUGAUUGCAGAUACAACACGCUGGAACUGGAAGCAAAGUCGUCUGAUCUUGCAGAUAAGAAAGCUGCACUGGUCGAUGCAAGACAAAUCCAAGACACAGCUAAAUAUGCAAUUCGUUUAGGAGGUCAGUUCACGGCGAUGCAAUUGUUUUGGCAGAAGAUGAGUGAAUCGCACCAUGCGAUGGAAAUGAGGAUAAAGGCCAACGAGCUACUUCUAGAUGAUGCUGAAUACGGUUUGCUUAUCUUAGCAUCAUGUGAACAAGCGCUAACGGACUGGAACAUUAUACUGGAUAUCUGCACUAAGUACGAACAGACAAGCGCCUUGGAACUGAAAGAAAAUUACAAGUUUGUUGCUGUACAAUUCGACACAAUGCCAGAGGAUGUCAAAGGAAAAAGGAAGGAAGCUUUAAUUUCAUCCAUUACAAGCGCCGAUGAAGAUCUUAAUUAAACAAAGAUAAUUCAAAUCGGGGAAUUAUUUGAUACAUUAUUUAUCUAGCAAGAAACUCUAACCAAUAUUAUUUAAAAUUGAAAUGCGCUUAUUCUGAAUUUUCAUUAAAACUGGCUUUUGCUGUUCAGGAUGACUAUUUUCGUAUAAAAACAGCACAAGUGGAACACCAUGCAUUACAUGAAAGUAUAAUUUCGAAAUUUUAUAUUAAAUAUAAGCGCCUCAUAAUAAAUAAUCGAAGGUCAGCACCAGUAUUUGUCAAUAAUAUUCCAACCCGAUCGUAAAAAAAUAAUUUUGAGUACUAAAUAGAAAUGAAAUUGUAUCGUUUUGCCUUUAAUUUGUACAGCAUUUAAUGCAUAUUGAUAAUAACAUUGAGAAAAUUAAAUAUUAUUGAACAUUAUUGAAAAAUCAAAACUGAUAGUAUUGAUAUUAAUUAAGUAGACAAAUAAAUGUAAUUAUUGCCCCUUCUAUACAACGCAUUUUGAAAGAUAAAACGUCUACUGUAAUAUAUUUAUAGAUAAUAAGCAUUCAUUGCAUUAACAAUUAAAAAACAUGCAGGAAUAUGUCUCAAAUUGCGAAAUUAUUAAAUAAGUAUAAUACAGUUGUUUCAUCAUUACAUAUUUUUGUAUGAAAUUUCAAUUUCAGAUUAUAAAUAUAAGUUUACAAAGGUUGUCCUAGUAUAUAUGUUUAUCCUGCCUCUGUUGCAAACAUUGACCUAAUAAAGCAGGGUCGAAUAAACUAGUUGAUCUCCGGCAACCGUAAGUACGUAUUCCUACGCGCCGAUUAACAUGUUCUAAUAUUUAAUCUUUUACAAAAUGUCAAUGCGAAAUUCCUGAGAAAUGUUUGGUCAAGACAAAAUGAUAGUAAAAGUAAAAGAUGUGUAUUAAAUUCAAGCAAACAUAUAGCAAAGAAGUUAUCAUAUUUGCCUUAACAUAUAUGUACUAAUAAUUUUUAAUAAACGGCGUUCGUUAUACAAAUAGACCGGUUACACUCCCCUUAUACACACUUAUUUUCAGUCGUCUGCAAUUGAUUUAGUUGUUCAAUGAAAUAUAAUUAUAUCGAACAAACUUACACUAUAUUUGAUAAACAUCCAUAUCCUUAUUAGCAGGCGCAACUGUUAAUAAUUAUUAAGUUUAUAUGAAAUAAUUCAUCGUGAAGUGUGACAUUUAACUUUUCAUCCGUUUUCACAGACACUUGUUUCAGUCAACGACCUUCAAAUUGAACAAAAAUUGAGUUUUUAUUUUGAUGUUGCAUUUUUUUUCAUUUCUAACAAUAAACACAUCAUAUUCUCGAUUCAUUUUUAUUUCUCAUUUAUUUUCUGUAGGAAAUUAUUAAAGGGAACAGUUUAAUGUGAAACUAUAUUUUACGUGACAUAAUCGGUAGUUAUUCGGUCGUAAGGAAUGUUGUGUAUUUCUUGGAGGCCCGACUUGAAUAAUUAAUUAUUUUAUGUCAAUUAAUAGUUUGCCUUUGAUAACAUGUGUUAAAGACAUAAUUUAAAAUGAAUCAGGAUAAAUCGAAUUCAUGGUUGUUGCCGAGAUGGAGAAAGUUUAUCCGGUUCGGCCCGAAAAAAAAUAGGUCUCGCUAAAGCUCGUCCUAUUUUCUUUUUCUAAGCCUCAACGAAUAAACUUUCUCCAUCUCGGCACCAACCAUGUAUUCUCUAUUUUCGCUUAUCAAAUAUGUAAACCCUGUUUCUUUCCUCCUAGUGGGUUGCUUUAUUCUGCAAGAUUUUGAUAGCAUGGUUAUUUGUAUGAAAAAAAAAGUAAGUAAUAUUAACAUUCUUUUCAUAUUUAUCUUUUUUUCAACAUUUAAUGAACUGUAAUGUCCUUUUUAUAUGUCCAGGGUUAGGUUUAAAACACUUUUUUUCAAUUUUCUAUUUUCAUCCGUGUUAGUUGCUUAUAGAUAAAUGCCUUCUAGGAACAUCACAUAGUAAAAGAGAAAUACUGACCAAGGGCUUAAACCUAGAUAAACAAGCAUGAUCCCAUAAUAAUAUAUGUGUGUUUAAAAUUACACAAUUAUCAAGUGUUGCUAAGGAUUUCACGAUCAAUGCCCACCCAAGGUUCUUGUAUUGCAUGCGGACACUUAAUUAUAAAGUAAUGUAUAUUUAUAAAGAAUCUGUUUAUAAGGUUUAUUAUCGCCUGCUCACGUGAAAUGAAAUGGCAUGCACAAAUGUGUUUUCCUUUCGUGCGAAUAUUUCUUUUUGUGUGUGUGUUUUAAAGCUAUGUACUUAAUUUCGUAAUUGGUGUGUUGUAUGGAAACGCUUUGUUUUAUCUAUUUACCACUGCAUUCAAUUAUUCUUGCUUGUAUCUUGUGUAUCUUGUUUGAUGAUUCUAUUAUAUAGCUCAUAUUGAUAAAUACAUUUAUGUUAUGAAAAAUUAAAUUGCAUUAUAUAAUACAUCAAAAUAUAAUUUUCAAAUAUGCUAUUGUCAUAUUUUGCAUUGGUUUAACACUGUUUCUUAAUCAAAUGUGUGUUUUCUUGUUCUUGCUAAUUGGUAUUUUGUUAAACUAUAACUUAUACUUCAUUUAUUUUGUUUUUUGAAUUCAAAGUUUAUUUUAUUCACUUAGAAUUAAGCCGUUUCUAAAGAAUCACUAAUUGUUUUUUAAAUGCAAAUGAUUAUAAUGCGGAUGCUUUUCUUUUACAUAUUAUUGUUUUUAUUUAGACACAUAAAAAUCAAUUAUUGGAAAACAAAAUAACCCAUAUUUAAAAAGAAAGUCUUCAUUUUCAGUCAUUCGCGCGGUUGAUUAAACAAAUAACAGACUAGUAUACUUGCUUAUAAUAUGAUUUUCUUAUAAUGUUGACUUAGUUAUACUUUUGCAGCAAAGAUUCAUUUGUAAAUUCAGAUUAUAUUUAAAAGCAAUAUUUGUUCAAAUGCUUGGACGCUAAGAUUCAAACUAAAUAUCAUUAUUACCAAUGAAUUGCAUAAAAUAUUUUGAACUAAAGCAACUCAAGGUAAAAUAUUAAGUUUUUAAGUAUAACAAGUAUUUUACGUUCUUCACCGUGUUUCUAAGUAUAUAUGCACUCGAGUGUGAUUUCGUGUUCGAAUUUUUUUUUUAAACACAAUAUGAUAUCUUAACAUAUAAUGUUUGUGCUAAAAAAGUUUCGUUUUUCGUUUUUGUCUUCGCAAAGGUGAUUUUUGAAAUUGAAGUACGAGUAGUUUGCAGUUGUUGAAUUUAAUAAAGUUCUGCACGUAACUGUUUGUAGUUAUAAAAUAGAAUCGUGUGUGUAAUAUUGCUGUCAUAGAUAAUAAUACCGAAUAAUGUGCGGAAUAUAAUUAUCUCUAUUUAUAUGUUUACGAGCUUUAUUUUAUGAUAAUGAAUGUAAUUGGUUUAAAACUGUUUUGUACCAUUGUUCUAUAUCUGAAUAACAUGCAUUUCAUAUUUAAAUCAGACGCUUUAACACUAAGUCUCGUUUCGGCAAAAAUACAUUCAUAAAUAGAAAGUACAUUACUCACUAUACGUAAAAUAAAAAAAAUAAAAAAAUAAUGCAAAGAUUGUAUAACUUGUAUAAAUAUAUCCUUUUUAACAAAAUGGCUAAGUUUGCGUCAGCUUUAGGUAAAAUUUUGAUAUUCUUGAAGAAUAUUCUGUCACGGACGAACAUUUCUGAGUUAUAUCUAUGCAAAAUAAAGUUAUAUGCAUGCAAAGUAACGCACAUUUGAAUGUAUGUUAAUCAACUACCAAGUUGUGUUGCUCGUUGUAAUAAAAUGUAUAUUAUCGAUAUGUAAAUAAGAGACGUGCAUUAUCUUUACUUAGUCGGUCACGUGGCAGUUUUACUUCACAAACUUAGACACAUGUUUAAAUUAAGUGGACAAUACGCCUUGCUAAUAAUCAAAUAUUUCUCUUUGGUUGAAAUGUUGUGUUUUUGUAUUGUAUGUCAAUUCAUUGUAUGGAUGAAUAAACUUUUGUUACAA